ACGUGGUGAGCGUGGCAGCGUCAUGUUCUGUGCCUGAGUCACAGUAACAAUGACUCAUCACCCUGAUGAUCCGUAGUUCAUCUUCACACAAUGACCCUCAUGCAAGGAUCUGCGGUGGUGCUGCACCCUGUCCUGAAAAAAGACAAGUAUCUCUGAUUGAAGCAGUGCUGGUUGAAAAUUACAGUUUCGUAUUAUGUACGCGUGUCACUGGAAUAUGUGUCUGAGAAGGGCCAUACUAUGACCUUUAGGGUACCUUACAUUUCCUUCUCUAGGCUUGUAAAAUAUUUAUUAUUCGGUCAUGUUUUGAGUUAAUCUCCAGCUGUUCAUGCUUUACUACCUCCUUCAGGUUCAACUCUUGAAUUUAUUCCCCAGUCAGAGACAGUUUAUCUAAGAGGUGAAGCACUGCUUCACCAAAAAAAUAUAACAUUCAUAUUACAUAAAAAUAUCAUUUUAAUGCCAUUGUACAAUCACAACGACCAUUUCCACGUGAAACCCAAAAAGUGCAGGUGUUCAAAAAUGUCUCACAAAGUUUUGUAUCUUAAGCCUGCCCAGUGAAGCUUGCUUCGCCAAGUCUUUCCAUUGACAUGCACUCUUGCGUGUUCUCGACACAAACAUGAUUGACACGUUUAACCAUUCAGAACAUAAGUUCAGCCAUCAGGCACAUGUUUGUCGAUGUUCAUUUUUGGUUUGUGGACUAGGAAUUGGUAUACUCAAAGUGAAAGAGCCAAGAGUUAAAUGACGUACUUCUUCAGUUGAAAAGUGUCAACACUAGUAAGUGAUAGUUCUUGGGUUGGCAGGAGCUGGCAUUUAGGGGACACGAUGAGAGUGAAAACAAAAGAAAGUAUAGGGUGUUUACAGAUGUGACUUAAUUAUUGUGCGUUCCUACUACAACGAUGUUCUGGCUUUUGUUGCUGUUUGUGUUGCACAUGUAAUGUAGAGCAAAACAGUAAUUUAAUGCUGGGUAGCCAACUGAUAUUUCAGUCAAGUUACUCCCUUUACUUCUAUUUGUGUAAUGGAUGUAUUUCAGAAAAGGGUGCACCUAUUAAAAACUAAAAUUAACAAUUAAAAAUUGUUAAAAACUUUUUCAGUCGGCAUCACUUUCUAAGCAUCACCACACUAGGUUAGUAUUUACACAGUUGAAGGUUUGACAUACAAUAUAAGUAGAGCUGCAUUUCAUUAAGAAUAACAACCAAAUGCAAUAUUUUAAUAUUUACUAUGAUGACUACUAUAUGAUAAGUUUUGAAAGUCUAGAGUUUGCCACUGCCCCUUGGUAAAUUUUGUUCAUAUUUACAUGGCCUUAAUUUUUUUCAUCGCCCUAACUUGUGGUGGGGGUCAGGACACCUCUGCAAUGGGCUGCUCCCAGAACAGCCAAGGACAAAGAAUAAAGGCAUGAGAAUAGGUCUCAUGAGCCACAGGUUUUAUCAGUGAAAUUCAUAGAGGGGUUGUUUAUCCAGGGCGAAAUGGUUAACAUGCCACGUUGUCUUACAAACAGAAGCUGGCAGAGCUGAAUUUGUUAACCUUGAGCAAAUGAAACUAAUGAGUGACAUGAAUCAGGUGUAUAAGAUUCUAACAGGUUUAGAUGCUGUUCAUCCAAAUAGUUGCUGCAAAAUAAGUUCUAAUUCAGGAACUCGUGGCCGCAGUCAGAAACUAGUGGGGGAACACUUUAGUCAGGAUCUGAGAAAGAACAACUUCUCACACCAUCUAAUUGGAGCGUGGAAUAGUCUGCCCAAAGGGGUAGUGCAGGCUAAAACCCUAGAUUCCUUCAAAUCUGAACAUGACAGUAUCCUGCCAACUUUAAAUUAUUAGUUUAAUUCCCUUCAAGCGAGUUCAAUGGGCUGAAUGGCAUCCUCCCAUUUGCAAUGUCCUUAUGUUCUUAUGUUCUUAAUCCAAAGAGAGAUGGUGUGAUAUAAAAACAUACAGAAUGUUCCCUGCGAAAAAUAAAACAUCUCAGUUGGGACGUUUGAAUUUAUAGUGACGCAGGGACUUGGUGACCCUCUUGCAGAUGAGUAGCUGGAAGAUGGAUAAGUCAAUAAGGAGAGAAUAGCGUUAAAUGCAGCAGUGCCAUGGCUUAUCUGAUCACAGCAAUAGAUCUGCUGCUCGCUCACCAAUGACAGCUUUACUUCAGAGGCUUGAACUUGCAGCUUUCACUCAAGUGGAUGUUUCAUUGCUUCAUACUACCUGUAUCCAUCCAUCCAUCCAUCCAUCCAUCCAGGCUCAUUACAGCCCUGUCUCGGAUGAGCAAUUAUUGAAGUUGGAUGGGUAGUAAUUGGAUCCUGAUCUAUUAAAAAUUCAUGUAUCUGUUGAUAGUUGGUCUUCGCACAUGAGAAAAAGGUAAAAAUACUUGAUGUUAAUUGAGCCCCUGACAACUUGUCAGUUCAACGUACCACAGGUAGCUGAAACAGGUCGUUGGUUUCACUUUGUUAAGACAUGUAUCCAUCGGACAACAGGAUGAGCCUUUGACAGGGACACUGAAGAAGCAAGAUGGAAAUAGCGAUCAGAAAACCUCAGAAUGCUCCUUGCAGGGUUGAUGGCCCCUAGGGAUGGUGUGUGUCCACCGUGUUUGCAGAGAGGUGCGUUGCACUGGACACGGGGUAAUUAAUCCUGUAGGGGAAUCCAUAGCUCUCAGGGUCUGUUUGGGAUUCCAGACGACGAGUGCCAAUGACGCCCAGUGCAAAGCCUCACACGUGGCCCUUCCACACAAGUCAAAGGCACACUUUCACCAAAUGCCAACAUAUAAGCACUAGGACAGGGUGUGACCUGCACUUAUCAGACCACAUUCCCGCUCAUCUCAGCACAGUGAGAGAGCUCGGUAGCACCCCAGCCCGUUUGAGUGUGACACUCCCGCCCUCUCACCUGUCUCAGAGGCCUCAUAAAUGCUGUGUGGGAUUGAUGCCGCAGUCGCAGUUAAAUCUCAGCCUUCAUCAUACUGAAAAAGAACAUCACUUACUUUCUUCAGCACGCCCACAGGUGGAGAGGACACUCGGGAAAGAGAAUGUAACCAGUUUUCUUCCUCUUUUCCACCUCCCAGCCCGACAGAUCUGGAAGAGUGGACCACGUGUGUGUGUGUUUGUGAGCAGCUGGGCGUGAGCACGUGCUUGUGAGUGCGUGUGCGUGUGUGUGUGUGUGCAGCUGCUGUCACAUGGCCUCCAUGCAGGACGGGGUGAACUUGAGUGCUCCUCCCUACAGCAAGGUCCUGCUGUUGGGGGCCAUUGCUGCCGCCUCCGCCUUUGUGGUCACCAUCCUCAUCGUGCUGCUCUGCGUGGGCUGCCAGAGGAAAGGGAAGUCAAACAAUGUCCCGACAGAGGGGGCAAAGCACAGGAUCAUGGACAUGAGCCGGCUGCGCCAGUCGAAGCUGCGCUCCAUCAGCAAAUCCGAUACCAAGCUGCACCAGAUGAACAAACCCAACUGCAAUGGCAAGAGUGCCUCAAAAAGCCGACCUGCCAGCAUGGAUCUGCUCCUGCUGCCCAGCCGGCGUCGGCGCUCCAACUCAGACCUGCGCAGUGGCCCGGUCCGCCAGCUGCCACAGAUCCCCGCAGGUGGCUCUGGGGAUGAACGCGAGCAUACCUACUCCGAGGUGGGCCAGCGCUCCUCGCCCGCGCGUGGCUGCCAAGACGACGCCCUGUACGAAAUGGUCGGGGGGCGGGCCGGAGAGACAGACACGCCCGCUCCGCCGGUGCCCGCCAACACGCCCGCACCACACAGCCCAGAGCACACUGAAGGCAUGGACGAUAUGGCUAUGGCCAUCGGCGUCGAGGUGCCGCCAGUGCCGGGACCGGGCCCGGACCCAGUGACCGCCGAAUAUGCCUGUGUGAGAAAAGUCAGGAAGCCUGACAAACCACAGCGGAAGGACGUCGGCGGGGGGGAGCCGGGGGAGAGGGAGCAGCAGCGUCACUCAAAUACGGACCUGCACCAUGCCCCACCUCCUCCACAUCAUUCAGGUGCUUUGCACACAGCAUCUCUACUUUCUCACCACCAGGAGGCGCUGUUCAUGUGUGAGUGUGGGCUGACAAGAAUCUGGUGCUUUGCACACAUGGUCUCUCUGCCUUCUCGCCACCAGGAGGCGGUGUUCAUGGGGAACGGGGAGGAGUACAUAUGGAAGCCCCCUGAGGAGGACGACCUCAGCAUGUUCCAGGCCAAGCCCCCAUGCCCCUUAAAGCCCAGUAACGCAGAGGGCGGGGGCCCUCAGAUGCAUUCCGUGGCAGUGGGGGUCCCUGAAGUCUACUCAAAACCUGGGAAACCCCUUAAGAAGAAGAGACCCACACCUGGUUCUCCACCAUCCAGAGACAGCAGCGGGCAGCGGACGCUGGCCAGGGAGGGCUGCUCGGCCGGCUUCAGUGUGGUGGUCAAACCCCAGUUGUGGGCGACGGGCGGCUGCCAGCAGGACGGUCGGGUGGCACCCCCACCUGAGGACCCUUGCUAUGAGGCCAUCAGCGAGAAGCCGUGGCCGGCAAGGGCUGGGUCCAUGGAAGAGUUGGACUCCGCCUAUGAGGCCGUGGACACCUCCUGGAAGCAGGAGCGGCCUCCCAACGCCACACUGAAGCCGAGGAAGAAGAAGGCGCUGCUGCCUCCACAAGGGCUGCCCGUCAAGGCCCCCCCGAACGAGACCCUGUACGACAGCAUCAGCAACGUGCGGCAGGGUGUGCCCAGCUGCAGCACCACCACCAUCUUCACCUUCAACGACGGCAUGGAGAUGUACGUCACGGGCCUGUAGGGGCCCCCUGCCCCUGCAGUCCCGCCUUGCCCCUUUGGAAAAUGAGCACAUGGUAGGUGCCAGUCUGGCUACCAGCAGGGGGCGCCGCUGCAAAGAGACUCUCCCACUGUGAAGCCCCUUAGUGAUCCAGAGUGUUGUUCCUGCUAGGCAGGGGGUGGCUGGGAGGUGGGCAUAGAGAGCAGUGCUGCAGAGCUUUGCACAGCCACCCUCCCGCCUCCACUUAUACAUUCAUGCGUCGUGUAAAGACUUACCCAUGCGGCCUCUGUGUCUAUCUAUUUUUCUCUCAAUACCCAUACACAUAGGUGUGCACACUUACACACGUGCACACAGAUCAAAUCCUUCAAGGUGGCUUGUAAGCACAUACACAGAAAGCUGUUGCAAAAAAAAUCCAACCCUUAAAAAAAUAUAUGCAAGACUCACCUGUAGGUCAAAUAUUCCAUUAAUGUCAAUGAUUGUCCCACAAAAUCCAGUCCACAGCACUCAGCAAAAUGCAGUGGCUUGUCCAUCUAUGCCGAUGGAUGCAGACACACAGUCUCGGAUGAAGAAGCAGCUGACCUCACAAACACGCCCGGAAAAGCUGCUUAGACACAAAUAACAAGCAGACCGGAAAAUCCCCAAAUUUCACUGAAGCUUUCAAGUUUCAAGGCUAAAAACUGUACAUUUUGAAAAAUGCAUUAUGAUAUUUAUGACUAAUAACACAUAUUACGAACUAACACCAAGGUCAUAUUCGAAAGUUUAAGGCUUGAAACAAAAAACAACCAUUAAAACAAACAACCGGUGGGUAUCACAUUGCGUCAUCCUGAUCUGAAUGAAAAAUAUUUGAAGUUAAUGGAGCUAUGGGACCAGCAAAACGCCUACUGAGUUUUGUGGCAUCCCCCUGGAGCCAUGUGACCUUUCACACACAGUAGGGAGGAUGUACACACCUAUUGGGCACACUAGCACUGCGCUGGGUAAGGGUCCAGUCAGCCAUCAUCAUUCCUGAAAAUCGUCUGUGUUCACUGGCAUUUUUGAAAGGUCAGGGGGUUGAAUUUUGGAAGGUCCCCUGACCGACCCCGCUUUCUCAAUUGUACAUCAAUUGUGUACAGACACCUAAAAGUGUCUGCGAAAUAAAUAAAAAUAUACAUGUCCAGAGAUUAUGGGUUAGAAUGCUUCAUCUAGAUAAUACGGUCGUGUUCUUUCGAGUGACAUAGGAAAGAUCAGUCAUGCAAAUCUGCCUUGGUUUUGUUGCAAGGACACACACACCAAGAGGCAGAUGACUGUGGAAAGACUUCAGGACAAAACAAAUGAAUUGGUUGCUUAUAUUAUUGUUGAAGAAAUUGUUGAACAGCUUUCUGUAGGCGGUGCUGGUAAACCCAUUAGGUGGCCGUGUAGGGCGCCAUCUUCUGGCAGGUGCUGACAGUCAGCCAGUUUUACUUGGAAGAGGACAGAGGCGAUAUUGGUGAAGCUCACCUAGGUGUCACAUGGGUUUGAACCAGUACUGCCUGUAGGCUUGCUGAAGUCCCUGAGCCUCAGGCUAUCUUGUAUAGUGCAAAAAUUAUCUUUAAAACACCAAAUAUAUAUUUUAAAAAUUACUGAAAUUGAUUUAAAAAGGUAGCUCAGGGAAAGAGGAAAAUAUAUUGUUUAGGUAUAAUUGAUGAAUUUUCCAUAGAUUCCUACAGAAUUCACAAAGGGAACUCUAUGGGGGGGAAAAUAAAGUUGUUUUACUCAUGUCAAUCAUGUACACAUUACUGGUGGUCAUAAAUGCAUUGUAUUUUUAAAAGCACUGCUUUUUCUUAGCACAUCAUACACACACCACACCGUACUACACAGACGCUAGUUCACUGCCAUUCGUACGUGUUUCUUUCGGUGACGCCGUUGAUGCAAUUUGCAUGCUUCCAAGAUGCAUGCUUUUGAAAACCCUGUAAGUGGUGGAAAUGUUUUAUUUGCUGCUGUUGUAACAUAUGCGUUCCUGUUUUCCGGUUCGUUUGUUUUUGUCAAAGAGCACAAUGUUUAGAAACUGGAUUACGAUCUUGUAGGGUGUUUGGCAUUUCUGCAUGGCCCAGGCUUCUGUCUGCCUAACCGGAAUAGUGCGGGGCAGCAAGUCUUAUCUCCUGCCCGAAGGCUGAGGAACCAAAAGGGUGUUGACCCUUCCACUCUGGCCCACCCAGGAACUCUACGGUCCACUGAGAUAAAGUACAACGUAGCACUGGCUGGACUCGUCCCGCACUGAUUAGCGGCAGCCGCACAGGCUCUCAUGGGUCCGGAUCCGAAGAGUCGUAAGUCGGACACGCAUCAUUUAAGACGGCAGAGCUGGGUGGAAACAGCCAUACGGCAGCUUACAUCUUUUUCUGCGUGAAGCGAAAAGGGUCAGUGCGUGCCGCGAUGGCAAAGAGACAAGCCGAACCACGAGAACAAAUCUCCUUCACUGCAUCCAAGAGGUCGGCACACGUUGUGCUACUUUGUUGAUCCGAUGUGUAUACAUGUUGCAAAAGAAAAUAAUAAUAUCCUCGAUGUUUUUAGAGAAAAAAAAAGAUUUCCCUUUCUCGUUUUGUGUCGGGAAUGACUACGGCUCAGAUUUCAACAGUUAUGAUGUGAAUUCUAAUCACGUGUUUUGUUUUCUGUUCUCAUAAAGUCUGAUAUAAUUCAUGUCAAUUAAAAUCCAGAUUAAUUUAGUGUGGCAGCUACAUUGUAUGUUUGCUAAACAAUAACAGGGUUGUAUGUUAUUAAGUGCUAAUGUGCAAAAGAUUGUAAUGUUUUUUAUCAAAAUUAUUCAUAACAAUGUUAAAGUGAAGUUUAUACUUUUGUAAUAAAGAAGCCUCUUAAAAUAGA